GGCAGCCGGGCCGAUAGGCGCUGAUAGGCCUCUGAACAGACGCGUGUCUCAAGUCAGUUGCUGCAAGAUUGCCGGCGAAUUAGGAGUCAAAGCCUUGACGUUGACAGAAAGUAUCGGUCAGUGGGCGGAGCGGGGCCUUUGCUUUACACGACAACGCAGUUUUAUUUGAGACUUAAUCUGAAGGCUGGUAAGUGACAAUCUGUCUCCAAUGGUCCUGAGAACAGCAGCAGGGGUUACAGAACAUGGUCAAGAAGGCAUCAGAGGUCAGAACUAUAGUCCAUUCUUAUUUCGUAAAGGAAGAUAAGGAGAAAUGAGAAGACAAAUGUUACAUAACAUUGCCGUUAGUGAGGAAGUACACUGUGUCGGGAUAAUAUUCUGUUCAGAGGAAAUUGAUAUUUACGGACUCUACAGCAUGAACCGUAAUCUUGCGUGUAGUGAGAGCACAAAGUGGCAUAGCUAACAAUGUGUAACUUAGUAGCUAGUACAUACGUAGGACAAAACAGGAGCGAAUAUUCUACGUAUAGAAUAUCUCACCAGAAUUCAGUGAAUAUCUAUGCUUUAAUGAAACAGUGACAAUUUUUAAGUGCUGGCAAAAGAAAGAGAUGGUGGCAUGUGAGAAUAAGGCUCGAGAGUCUCCGAUGCCCCUUUAUUACGAAUACUGCCAUGGAAAUUCGAACGGCGAAGUUCACAGGCCUCAGCCGAUAGUGUGGUGCAGACUGGGGCCGGUUCCAGUGUUGAGCAAGUUUCCAGGCGGGCACCGAAGUGUGAUAGGCUGCAGGCGUCAUUCCGCGUUCCAGCCGGUCGCCACAAAAAGUCUCACGUCUGAUCGGACAAGGCCAUAUCCAUUGGAGUGGCGGUAUAAGCCCGAAGCAGAGGAGAACACGCAGGUUACCUGGUGUUGUUCUGCUGGGACGAAUUACAGAUGCGCCAUCGCUGUCACUGGAGUUGACAGAUUUUGGGAUUUGCAUCUACGAAAUCCGGGAAGAACUUAUUUGGACAAAAUAUCACAAGGUGCUGAAAAGGAUCAAGAACAUGGUGGAAGGGAACAUGAAGACGAGGGCGAAAUUGGCUCUGGAGAUUAUGUUUCCUCACGUGACACCAACUCCCCAAAGUGUGAUUUCAGAAGUGACGAAAGUUCAACCUGUAUGUCACCUGUUCACGAGAGCAUGAGACGUGCGACUCCUCAGUACAGAUCAAGAACAGUGAAGUCCUCGUACAUAAAGACUACAUGCGGCUCGAUACGGGACUUUCCAACGGCAGAACACGUUACUGAGAAUAGGAAUUCAUUUGCUCAAAAUAGCAAACAAAUUCACGCGAGACCUGUAUACAUUUCAGAAUUACCAAGGUCACAACCGCCCCCUAACAUACAUCAUCGGAAAACAGAGUAUAACAGACCCGAAAGUUUUUCUGAAAAUGAGAGCAUCUUGAUAAACAAACCUACACCGCUUUUAGUGAGUUUGAAAGACGACGACAAGGAACGCUGGUUAAGGUCAUCUUCGCCUCAUAAUAUUGCGGAACAUUUUUCUGGAGAACAUGUGACACUUCCGACUGAGGAUGACAUAAUCACUAAGAAAGGAGGCAAUAUGGCCGCAACAAGCAUCUGUUUUAUUACAGAACAGGGACGGAGAACAUCCACUCUCUCGCCCAACACAGCCAAUGAAGAGAAUGCGAGAAAUUCACCCAUGGAAGCUACUUCUGACGAACGAACAACGGCGUUGUCGGCCAUUAUUGAUGUCAGGGAUUCAGUACAAGAUGGCGCGACACCUAAUACAACAGUUGACAAUAACUCCAGCAGUAACGAAGCUGAUUAUCCUCAUGAACUACGUCGCAGGCUAAAGGCAUAUGGCAUGAAGCCUGCCGUUAUUGCGAGAGAUACGCCUAGAGGCGUUUCCACUGCCGUAGCAGUCAGUGCAACUGAGAGCUCUGACCUGCAAGAACGUACACGCAGCAAAGGGGCCAGGGGAAGGCAAGAUGAUGAAGGCAUAUUUAUCUUAAAAUAUCCAGAAAUCGGCGAUAAACAUCCUCUUUGUGAACAAAGUACAUCUUCCAUGCUACGUUCAGCCGCGAGAAACCACACUCGAAUACGUAGCAAACAAACCUUCGAAGAAACAAUUAGUUCGAAAGAGCAAUACGCCCCUAACGAAUACAGUACUCAUAUCGACGAAGAACAGCCCAUUGAAGACAAGGGCGAAUCUCCUCAUAAGAGUUAUCAAUUGGAAUAUCACACUAAAAUUGGAGACAAACAAAAUCUUUUGGGUAGACGUGUUCUGCCGCACGCAAGUUCUCCUCUCCAGAAUAAUCCGAUCGUCGACGAAGACAUAUUCGAAUACAGAAGACGUGACUAUCCUGGGAAGUGUUCACGUACGGUGAAUCCUACACAAAUCGGUGACCAACAUAGUCUCGAAGAUAGAGCCGACUUCCUUCAAAACCCCUGUCCAGUGGUAACGCACAUCCAAAACGAAGACAAAAGAAGCUCUGAGGAUUGCAACACGUACUUAAGGCCAAAUAUUCCUUCGGAAAUCAUAACAGAAAUCGGUGACAGAGAGUUAAUCAAAAAUGAAGUUGUCCGAACCGAACCGAGUAGUCCCACGAAAAACCGAACGCAAACUGCGGACCAACAAUUUACCCAAAGUCCUGCUGAUUCUCUUCAUAGCAGUUGUCCUCUAAAGGAACCACGGCAAAAAGAUGCGCAGCAGCGCCACGAGGGUCAAAACAUCUCUUUUCAGCGGAGCACUGUGCUAGUUCAACUGAGGGACUGGACACCUGGCGGCGAAGAAGUCUUCGUUCAACAAAUGGGAGCUGCAAGUGAAACAAAGCUCGGUGCAGACGCACCUGGGCAUUGCCUCUUCUCUGCUGAGGAUACUGCAUUGAGAAGUCGCGUGCUUGUUUUGCUCUGGGUCCUGUUGGGCGAGAGACGGCUGCGCGAGGUGGGCUAUCCAGCAGAACCAGUGCAUCGUAUCCUUUGGCGUGCUGUGGAUGUCUGCUGCUCAGUGGCUGGAGUCAAGAGCGCGGCUGCAGUGCCACUCAACGCAGACCACGAUUGUGGCCUGGACAUGCUGUGCUUUCGUGACCACACCCACCGUUUCCUGGAGGUCUGCGCCCCAACGCGUGAGCAUUGGAAACAAUUUGGCUGGGUGAGCCUCACAGUCGAUGCCGUUGUGCGCAAGAUCUACGAUGAAGAGCUUGUGCCGCUCCUGCGGCUGCAUGUGCUGCCACCCGCCAUACAACAGGCUGUCACGCAACUCUGGAAACUGGACCGCGUGCCACUGCACCGGCAUGGUUCAUCCCUGCGAACACUAGAGGGCGACACUGUUGCAGGAAGACUGCAAACACCUGUGACAGUGCCAGUUAAGAAGAAGCGUGGCAGGCCAGCUAAGAUAUCUCACAAAGUGGACGAAGGAGGCCGCAUCGAGCGGGUCAUGCUCUGGCGUUUCCUGCUGAACCUUCUGGAGGACCCACGGAACGCCCCUUGCAUCCACUGGGUGCAGCGCGACGAGGGAAUCUUCCGCAUUCUGAACACGGACUGGCUCGCCAGACUGUGGGGCCGGCGCCACGGCAACCCCAGGAUGACUUACGAGAAGAUGGCGCGCGCCAUGAGGACGUACUACAGGUCGAAAGUGCUGCAGCCUGUGCCAAGACUUCGGAACUUGCCACGGAAACUAGUGUACAAGUUUAAUCCGGCCGUCAUCCAGAAGGUGGCAGCAAUGAAGCUCUCCUCUAGCACAUUCAGCGGCAGAGGAUUGAACUAUAAUACCAACAGUAACAAGUGACGGGCGCUUGUCAGUCAUUUGGUAGACGAGGGACGGCAAAAGCAAAGUUUACAGAAAAUCAAAAUAAAAUUGUCGUAAAGCAAUAGCUCAUAAGUGAGCUAUGAAGGAGUGUAGCUGACUUUCAUGUUUAGCAGGGCCACAAACGGGUGGUGACCUGUAGGAUUCAGUUACAGAAAUAAAAUCAGGGAGGCUUGUCUCGUUUAUUUUUAUCA